UUUUUCUUAUUCUUCGCUUAUCUGCCUCAUUAAAUUAUUGUCAUUUGGAUAUUUUUGUAUGGAUAAUGUAAUUAAACAUUUUGCUAUACUCCACAGAAUCCAUAUUGGAUGUUUACACCUUUUAUUUAUUACAUUAUCAAUAUAAUACAUGUUUUUAUAAUGUACUUGAAUUAUAACUUUAAGCUCACUGAUAACAAUGCUCAGUAUAAAAGAUAACUUGUAUAACCAGUGGAACAUAUUUCACAGACAAGGAACUUAUUUCACCAGGUAUAGACAAUGGCAUCGAAUGAUGUUAAGAAAAUAGCCGUAGUUGGAGCAGGCUUGACUGGUUUGGCAGCUUUACGACGACUCUCCGAAAAUAAAAGUUUCGAGUUGACAUGCUUUGAGAGGAAUUAUGACAUUGGAGGGCUAUGGCAUUACACGGACCAGACAUUAAAUGAUGAUUAUGGAAAUCCAAUUCAUACAGCUAUGUAUAGCAAUCUUAAGACGAACAUACCAAAACAACUGAUGGAAAUUGAGGGUUUCCCAAUGGAUGGCUAUCCAUCUUUUCCAAGUCGAACGGAUAUCUUAGCAUAUCUCAACAAAGUUGUAGAUCAUUGCGGUAUUCGAAAAUACAUUAAGUUUAACAUGGACAUAAAACAAGUCAAACCGGUUAAUCCAAACUCAAGAGACACCAAAUGGUUGCUGACUUACGGUGAUAUCAGAAAGAAGAACGAUAUUCAUACGGAACAGUUUGAUGAUGUUAUUGUAUGCAGUGGAAAUUGCACAACCCCAAGUUAUCCGACCAUUGAUGGAGAACAGAAUUUCGAAGGCUUUGUGCUUCACAGUAUACGGUACAGACACCCAGAAUGUUUUGCUGGGCAGACAGUUGCCGUUUUGGGAGCACGUUACUCUGGAAUAGAUAUCAGUUUUGAUCUUUCCAAGUGUGCUAAAAAGGUGUAUUUGUGUCACAGAGGUCCAAAGUUAGAAACACGCUUGCCAGAAAAUAUUGUCCAGAAGACGUCCGGUUUUCAAAGAUACACACCAUUCUCUGUAGUUCUUGACAACGGCGAAGAACUGCCAGUUGACACAGUGAUAUAUGCCACUGGGUACAAAUACAACUUUUCCUUCCUACCAGAAGGAUUACUUAAAAUUGGCAAAGGUAAUCUCAUCUGCAACCUAUUUAAGUAUAUUCUCCCAGCAAACUAUUCUACGCUUUUCUUCAUGGGAAUCGUACGAGAAGUAGGAUUCUUUCCUUCAAGCGAUCAUCAAGCUUUAUUCAUACGAGCUGUAUUGGAAGGUUCUGCUAAACUACCAGAUCAGGAAGAAAUGAAAAGAAUUAUCUCGAAGGAUUCCGAACGUGUGAUACGCGGAGAUAACCAGUGGGAAUGGGAUAAGGAACUAUCAGAUAUUGCAGGUAGUUUCAAUCCACUGCCGCUUGUAAUGAAGAAAAUCUGGAAUUACCAUUUUGAUAUUUGGGGACAAGAUUUUGCCAAAUGUAGAUCAUUGGUUUACAAGACAACAGGCCCGGAUUCUUUUGUUUUAAUCUGAAUAAACUCAACUGUUUCCGAAUUAUCGUUGAUAAUUAGACUUCCAAUUUGAACGUCUUGUUAAUAUCAUACCUUACUCAGUCCUCCAUUCGUCCCCUUUUGUUUUAUAUUCAUUCCUCCCACUCAGAUAGACUAAAUGACAUGUUCAUGCGCCAUUGUUAGAUUUAAUGUUUCAUUUACCGUAUCAUGGUAUGUUUAAUAAUAAAAGAAGCAGACACUAAUCUAAAAAAAAAAUGAAGUUAAAACAAACAACAUCUAGAGGUCAAUAUACUGACAGGAGUUAUACAGCAUGUCAAGCUCUGAAUCGCUUCGAGACUUGAGAAGUGGUGAACAGAUUUAUUAGAAACUACAAGAUAUGGAUUGUUGCUACAUAGAAAUGGAAAGUUCGCAAGCUGAAACAUGCUCACAGUGUUUGUUUCCUAUAAAUAAAAAAUGAUAAAAUAUUCUAGAGUAUACAAACCAUAUAGACCUCAACAAAAGAGCCACCAUAGUCUCAGGGUAUCUUAUGAGGCUCUAACCUUUUUUCAGUGACAAAAUCUGGGAAGUUGAAACGAGGACAAACUGUUAAUCUUAGAUUGUCCAUUCCUUACAACAUGCUACUGUUGGAGAGGUAUCCUCUUGGACUCAUAGCCUGCUGCAAAGAGACAGACGAACCUUGUAUACUUGCAAACACAAAUCUAAAGCUUUCAAUACAAUUACCAUUUAAGAGCAAUUACAUGGAAUAAAAAGAUAAUUACAAAAACCAAUACCCACACUUUUGUCAGAAUAGUCAGUAAAUGUUAUUAUAUUCAUUUCGUUAC